AUGUCUAAUUUAUUAAACUUCCUCGGCGAUUAUGAUACACUUACUGCAAUAGCAAAAAAGGUAAAUCGUCUAUUAGUUGUUGACUUCUUUGCUACAUGGUGCGGCCCUUGCAAAGCUCUCGGUGAAAAUAUGCCUCAGAUUGCAAAGCAAUACCCAAACGUCGUUUUCUUAAAAGUAGAUAUAGAUCAAAACAAAGAACUGGCCACCCGUUUCGGCGUUCAGUCUGUUCCACAUGUUAAAUUCCUUAGAUACCAAAAUGAAAGUAUUAAUGAUCUUGGAACAAUUAAUGGAUGUGAUGUAGUUGGAAUUCGUAAUAAAAUCAAUGAAUUAACAAAGUAA